AUGGCGGAUGGUGCGCGUGCCAUAUCGUGCUUUUGGGAUAUCCUACUUCACUCCAUAGCACCCGCCCACAACAAGGGAAAGAAACGAAAGCGACGUGCGAAAAGGUCCGUUUUUUGCUGCAACGCUGUCGAAGUUCAUCCGUUAAAGUUUUGGUUUUGCCAAACGCCCCGUGCAACUAGAAAACCGGCAAAGUCAGCAACACAAAGACCAAGAACAAAGAAGGUCCACUUUUCCGACCAUGUGCAGGUGAUUCUCAUUGACCGUGGGAACCAAACCAUGAUGUGA